GGUUCGGCUACCUGGUUGUGUUCGUCACUCAGUGUCACUCCCUCACUGAGCAUAGCGGCUAGGGUUUUAUGCUUUUACGGCGCCAACAUAACUCGCUCUCCGGAUUUCCUCGGAUUUGACUAGCUUUGACAUAAGGGUUGAGGCAGAACCAACAAUGGCUGUUUCAAAUUCUUAUUGCUUCCGACCUCCUAAAGUUAUAUCUAGAUGCACACUCUUUAAAUCUAGCUAUGCGCUGAACAAUGGUUGUCAUAAUGUGGUUUGCUUCAUUAAAAGAUCUGAUCGACAAGUAAACCUUGAAGAAAAGGUUGGUUUAUUACUAGAUAAUAUCAAAUGGGAUGACAAAGGUUUGACAGUGGCAAUAGCACAAAAUAUUGACACCGGUGCAGUAUUAAUGCAAGGCUUUACCAACAGGGAUGCUCUUUUGACAACCAUUUCAUCUCGAAAGGCAACAUUUUAUAGCCGGUCACGAUCUGCUUUAUGGACUAAGGGAGAGACCUCUAUGAACUUUAUCAAUGUCUCUGACAUCUUUCUUGACUGUGAUCGUGAUUCUAUUAUAUAUCUUGGGAAGCCUGAUGGGCCAACUUGCCACACUGGUUCGGAGACUUGUUAUUACACAUCAGUGUAUGAUGUACUGAACAACCCACAGGUGGAAGAAAACAAGCUUGCGCUCACAACUUUGUACUCAUUAGAAUCUACAAUCUCCCAAAGAAAAAAUGAAAUAUCUUUUAGUCAAAAUGGAAAGCCAUCAUGGACAAAGCGAUUGUUGCUUGAUGAGAAGCUGCUUUGCUCAAAAAUUCGGGAGGAGGCAGAUGAAUUAUGCCGAACUUUGGAGGAAAAUGAGGAUAAGUUACGCACUUCAUCAGAAGCAGCAGAUUUGUUAUACCAUGCCAUGGUUUUGCUAGCCAAUAGAGGAGUAAAAGUUGAGGAGGUUCUCCAGAUACUCCGACAGAGGUUUUCACAGUCAGGCAUUGAAGAAAAGAGGAGCCGGAAAUCCUAAUGUUCUUUGAGCUUCAGAUCAAUGAUCUAUUGUAAAUUUACCGGCAAAGGAUCAGAAUUAGAUCAAAUUAGCAUCCAUGCUAGGGGGGGAUAUUGAAGGUACCUUGGUUCUACUUGGUAUCAAUUGACUUCAAUUGAUAUAUACCCCAUUGCAACUAUAUAAAUGUUUGCCAAGCCAUAUCCAGUGAGAAUGGUGGAAGUAAAUUUGUGCGUUUAUGAAACAUAUUACAUGCUUCCUGUAUUUCUGCUUGGGGUGCUUCUUGUAGGUUGCCAUGGUUACACAGACACUGCAACAAAUGUGCUGCUGUCAUCCAGAUAUUUGCAUCUUUGCAUUGGCUGUGGCUGUAUAUGAAGCAAUGGUUUUCCUUAGCCUGACUUUGUCGCUGAGUGUAGUUACUAUCUACAAGGCAGUAAAGGGCAUUGCAAUCUUGGACAAUGGUGAUGUGGUUAUGACUUGCGGGAAAAUUUGCAACGCUACCUGAAGGUGCCAUCAUAUGCACAAAUGCACAAUUUAGAGUUAUUUUGUUUCUAAUGUAUACAGAUGUUACUUAAAUGUAAAAAAUAAAAUACUCCAUUAUUUUCAUGCUUUUAAAAGUAUUCAGACAACACCGUUAUCAUUUUCCUACUAUUAUUUCGAAAAUAUUCAGAUUUCUAUUUUACA